UCCCCGAUGCUCGGGGCGGCCCCCGCCGCCGCCGCCGCCGCCGCCGCCCCCCGCCCCCGGGCCCCGGCCGGAGCAGCCGCGUGAGUCCCGGCGGCGAGCAUGAGCGCCGAGGCGCAGUGGCCGCCGCUCCCCAACGGGACGGCCGCGUUCCCGGGCGGCCAGGGCGGGCCCUGGGGCAACAGCACGGCCUCCGCCCCGUUCACCUGCUCGCUCACCAAGACGGGCUUCCAGUUCUACUACCUGCCGGCCGUGUACAUCCUGGUGUUCGUCACCGGCUUCCUGGGCAACAGCGUGGCCAUCUGGAUGUUCGCGCGCCACAUGAGGCCGUGGAGCGGCAUCUCCGUGUACAUGUUCAACCUGGCCCUGGCCGACUUCCUGUACGUGCUGACCCUGCCCGCGCUCAUCUUCUACUACUUCAACAAGACCGACUGGACGCUGGGCGACGCCAUGUGCAAGCUGCAGCGCUUCAUCUUCCACGCCAACCUGUACGGCAGCAUCCUGUUCCUGACGUGCAUCAGCGCGCACCGCUACAGCGGCGUGGUGUACCCGCUGCGCUCGCUCGGCCGCCUGCAGAAGCGCACCGCCGUGCACGUGAGCCUGCUCGUGUGGCUCGUCGUGGCGCUGGCCAUCUCGCCCAUCCUCUUCUACUCGGGCACCCAGGUCCGCAGGAACGGGACCGUCACCUGCUACGACAGCACCUCGGACGAGUACCUGCGCAGCUACUUCGUCUAUAGCAUGUGCACCACCGUGGCCAUGUUCUGCGUGCCCCUCGUGCUCAUCCUGGGCUGCUACGGCCUCAUCGUCAGGGCCCUGAUCUACAAGGACCUGGACGACUCGCCGCUGCGGCGGAAGUCCAUCUACCUGGUGAUCAUCGUCCUGACGGUCUUCGCCGUCUCCUACAUCCCCUUCCACGUGAUGAAGACCAUGAACCUGAGGGCCCGGCUGGAUUUCCAGACCCCGGACAUGUGCGCUUUCAACGACCGGGUUUAUGCCACCUACCAGGUGACCCGAGGGCUCGCGAGUCUCAACAGCUGCGUGGACCCCAUCCUCUAUUUCCUGGCGGGAGACACUUUCAGGAGGCGGCUCUCCAGAGCCACCCGGAAGGCCUCCCGGAGGAGUGAGGCAAACCUGCAAUCCAAGAGCGAGGACAUGACCCUCAACAUUUUAUCCGAGUUCAAGCAGAAUGGAGACACGAGCCUGUGAAGAGGCGGGAACCACCGAGCACCCCCCCCCCUCUUGUGACACGGUCUCAGGAUGCCAGCCUGGUUUACAAUACACGUUACAUCCAUUGUUUCAGCUCCCAGAGAACUUUCUUUUGGACUGUGGAUCCAGUGAGGUGGACAAUGCCUACAACAAAUUCCCUUUUACUUCUUGGCAUGUUUUGUUUUGUUUUGUUUUGUUUUUUUGGCUUUUUUCCAGGGCUUCUAGUGGACAAUGACAACACGUGAAUACAUGCCAAACAGUAACACGAACGAUCUUGCCCAACCCCUUUCUAGCACCGAGAGGUCUCUGGGAAGAGUCUGUGCUAAUGGUAAAGACAUACAGAGGGUCAAGACGAAGCAGUGAUCUGUUGGCUGGGAAUUUGAUGACGUAAGUGGGUAUUUUAAUAGUAAAGGCAAAAUCUGUUGGCAUUUUGAUGAAAGAACUGCUGAUACUAUAGAACUUACCAGUUAACUCAGUUUUACACUACAAAAUGAUUUUAAUGCCAAGUUCAAGGGAUUUUUGGCUCACCGAUUGACAUCUCUGACUCUUUUCCAUUUGCAUUUAAAUGAUAAAACACAAAUCAAGAAGAGAUACAGCAGAGAGUAGGAUGCAGUGUUAAAAGCAUGACAUUGCCACUUGGCCAACUGUAGGACUCUUCACCCUUUCGAUACCACUUCUCCGUGGAUUAGAAAACUUAGAGGACAUCCAUCUGUUGGGACCCCAGGGGACGUGCUAGAGCGUUAUAAUUAUAGGCAGCCAGAGGUGCAUGAAAUCCAAGACUCUCCAGUUCCAGGCCUUGGCUAAAAAUGCUCACAGAGCUCACCAAUUAUGACGUGUACCUGUGACCUAGGAGUUUUAUCAAUCUACUCGGACAGGACAGUAAGCUGCCUUCGGAUGCAAGAGAUAUCUGUGCCUAUAGCAGCUGGGACUGGACUAGGGAAAAUCAAGAUGUGUAAGUAGUCACAGAUCUACUGAAGCUUUAACUUAGCUGGUCAAAUUGUACCUAAUGUAAUAGUAUUUAUUGUUGAAGCUCACAAUCCUUCAGUUGUACAGCUUGAAAAGCUCUCUUGAAAGAUCAACUAUGCGGAUGUCGAUUAUAUUUAUUAAAGUGUACGAUAAGUCACACUAGUGUAUUUUAUGUAACGUGCUGCAUAGAGAAAACGAGUUACUAUAAACUGUGCUUUUCAAAUACCAGUAUCUUGAAAUGUUUGUCGUGAGAUGUUUUUGAUCUAAAAUAUGAAUGGAUGGAUAUCUUGUGAUACAAGAGGUUAAUUUUCCCUAGAAGUGCUUGUGCAUGUUUGCCUUUUUGCUUAGAAUUCUCUAUACAGACCCACCCCGGUGUCCAACUUGUAUAAGCUCAAUAAUAAAUACAAAAUAUCUCUGCCAGACUAGGCCUGUAUUGUCUAUAUUUUAUAUGACAGAGACAGGUUUAUAUUGUCUUUUCAAGACCUUUAGAAUCGUACCCCCAAAUAUGGUUGAAGCUGCCAAUUCUAGUGCAAAAAAGUUGUCCUAAAUUCCAAGUAGAUCUCUUACAUUUUUAGAAGCCCGGAGGAAUGGGCGUUAGAGAUAGAUUAGACUUUAAGGAAAAACUGGGGAGAGAGGGGGAGAGAAAGAGGCAGGCAGCUGUUGCGAUCCCUUACUGUCCUCAGUUCUGCUUACUUUUUUGUUGUUUCUUCUUAAGGUGAAAGAGUAUAAUCUUGAGUUCUUUCACAUAGUUUCUAAGUAACACACUACCAGCAAGUUGAACACUGCUUUUUAAUGUAUUUGUUGUUCAGUUGGUAACUUUAACUCAAGUUUUAUAGUGACAACUGUGUAUGAUUUGGCUGCUGCAGUCUUGCAAUUUUUUAUUAUGUUGUACAUCGUAUCCUACACAGUACAAAUUAACAUGAAGGGGAAUAUAUGUUACUGCAUCAAAAUUUGUGACUUUGAAUUCUAGUCUGUCUAGUGUUUUUGCAAAAAUGUUUAUUUUUAUAUUAUCUGUGAUUUUAAUAUGGUUGAACUAGAUUUCUUUGUGAUUAACAGUUUCACUGAAUGAGCAGUAUGGAAACAGUGUUACUUGACAUUUUGAGCCUUCUCAGGUUUAUCUAAAUCAACGGUAGCUUAACAAAUUCCAGACUUACUGUACGUAAUCGUGUUUUUGAUAAGAGGAAUGUAUGUAUAUUUUUUCUAAGUUUGCAUGCAGGCAGUGUACAAUAUUGUGUGUUUGUGUAUGUGUGUGUCUAAGGCAUGCGGCCACCUUACUAUCUGCUAUUUAUAAUAGGAGAGCUUUGGUGUGAUCAUGAUCAUCAAAAUUGUACCUAUUAUAGACAGUUAAAACUGAAAAAGUCUCAAUAAAACUGUAACAUGUGA